AUGUUUUUUCUUCCUCUUUGGGUGGCGAUUCUAUCUCUGGCUGGCGUUACACUAACCUGCUUUGUCCUGAACUUGUGGCGGGAGGGGAAACGAAAAGAGGCGCUACUCGAAGUGGGACUCCCGGACAUCGUGGUGGAGCCGCAUCCACAACAGCAACAAGAAGAAGAAGAAGAAGAAGAAGAAGAAGAAGAAGAAAACCGACAUGGGGUGCCAAGUAAAGCAACAAACCAUCAUGUUCGUCGUAACGGGGAGGAGGUGGUGGGGGUGUUGAGCCGCAGUCGUGAGGUGCAUUUGGACGACAACAGCAGUGAAGACGGCAGCAGCGUGCGUAGGGACAUCAAAGCGGCGGCAUGUUCCGUGAAGCCGGUGGAGGCCGCGGGGGCGGUGACCGGCGUGGUGGUGCGCGGGGACGAUCCGGAGCGGCUGGUGGUGCAGUCUUGUGGGGACGUCGCAAGAGAGUCUCCAUGCACGUCAUUCGUGACGCAUCCAUCGUACUUGCCGCGGGAUGGUGGAAGCGAGUUGCAAAAGGAGGCCAGUUUUCAAAGUUUCAGUCGGCCCGUCACACCGGAGAGUGAGUCUACUGCUCCUGCCGCUGCUCCUGCUGCUGCUGCUGCAACACGUUCCACGCCUUGUAUCGAUAUUGGCAUUUCUAUGACGAAUUGUUCGCCUCUUUCUUGCGGGAAAAAGGUACACCACGGCAGUUCUAUGUUGCAUGACGAGUUAAUGCAGACAAAUACUUCUGAGGCGAGCGAAGACGGCUGGAGACGAGGCGAUGUGAGUGAAGCCGUCGAGAAGAAUAGCGUUGAAGCCUCAGGUUACACGUUCAACAAUUUGCUUAUGUCCUGCAACGGCUCUGAUGAGGCCGUGUGCCACGCUGAUGGCGCGCUUUCAGGAGACGGCGGUUACAAAAUGGGGAAAGGAAAAGUUGUCGACCCCUUCUGGCCGUCAUUUCAGCGGCAUUUUACGACAGACGUGGGUAGCACCGUGUAUUCCACGUGCAGUGAUGAUGGGGAGAUGUCUAUUUGUGAUUUUGAGAAGAACCCAACAGCCGCACUCAGCGAUGCGACCGAUGGGACGCCGCGUAUGCCACCGAUUGGGGCGUCUGCCGCAACAGCUGCACCAUCCACCAGCGGUGUGCUUUUUUUGCCUGCAGCAGUACCGUUGGGAAGUAUGCCGUCCUCUGAGCCUGUUCCCCAUGCCUUUGUGUCAUUGCAUUCACCGCUCGCAGCAACCCCAUCGACGGUAGGGAAUCAAAGUGGCCCCACAUUCAAGGGGAAUUUCAAAGUCGUGACCUCAAUGGACACGUAA